CCUAAAAAAACAGGGUCUGUUAAGAAAACAGGUAAAGUACCAAAGAAACGUGAAGUGAAAGAAAAGAUUACUACAGUUGCAGAAAAAGAAGGAGGGAAGAAGACCCCGUACCCCAAGCUGAUAGAUGAGGAAACAAACAUAGAGAGCGAUGAAAAGAUUGAGUUCACAGCUAGUCUGCCAACACGUAACAACAAAGGGGAAAUGGUAUUUGCUGGCAUUCCAGAGUUCCGACCAAAUAUGACGCCAAAAGAAGUUAUGCAAGCUGGCAGUUUUGGAGGAACCUAUUUUCGACCAAUCAAAUCUGGUGCUACAAAGAAGAGCUAUUCUGGUGUAUGGAAGGAGCUGCCCAAGGACUGGCUGCAAGGUCUCAAUAUAGGAAAACAGGUGUCAGCAUCAACAUAUGACGAGACGGUCAACACAUACAAGGCAAAAUGUGGCGGCAGCCUGGACAUGUGGGAGUCAAGUGGCUGGAUUCAUAAACAAGACCCUUAUGGCUGGUUCCAGUGGUACUGCAGGUUUUAUCAAGGGCGUCGGACAGAGGAUGAUAGACGUCAGAUUGGGCGGUGGUUGAGGUGUGCAGGCAAGACGGGACGGUGGCGGAACAAUCUCAUCUCUAAGUGUGUGAAGAGUGGGUGUGGCUACGACAACCAUGGCAUCUCGCCAGUGGUGCGACAGACGUUACAGCACUGGGGGUACAAACUUAACAAGGAGGAUUUUGAUGUGUAUGCAAAACAAAAACGUCUUUUGUGAGAUGAAAUGUGAAGAAAACCUUCCGCCUCCAUCUUUGACUGGACUUACGGAAAAUAAGAGGGGCACUCCACCCUCGGCGCAUGCAGAAUCUGCUAAAAAUACUCAAAUGUUGAUAUCAACACUCAGGAAAUAUAUAUGUUUCUUUUCUGUGAUGAGAGUUAGCUCCCCUUGGCAUGUGUGCAAUUACAGAUUCCUGAUGCACUGGAUGUGAAAAAGUGAGGGUUGCAACUUCAACGAUGAAGCAAAUAGUUUUUCUUGUUAAAGGGCAGGGAAAAUGCGAACCUUACACGACUUAUUUUUGUAUUUUGGAAACCUGAUUCUCCCACGAGCUUGCCUCAGAUGUUCCUUCACAGAACAGUUCCACAAAUGUUUAAAGAUGUCUUCUUGUACCAUGUAUGAAGGAGAGACUGGUGCCUUACUGGAGGUUUAAGCUAUAUAACGACAUUUUUAGGAGUUCUUUUUUAUUUAUGUACCGAAAUUCGGGUCAAUCAAUUCUAAUGAAUUUAUGGUUUACAUGCUGCUUUUGCAGUGGAUGUCAGUAACUAACAUGGUGUGUUUGUUAGUACUACAGAUUCUGUCUGUACACUGUCAGAUUUGUGAACUUUUUAGUUGAAAGAGGGGUACAUACUGGAAUUGUUCUUCAAAAUUGUCAUUCUCAAACACAUGUCAGCUUGGCUGUGACUAUUUUAAAUCCUUUAUGAUAUUGGGUUUCUUGUUUCAAUCCUCUGAUAGGUGUUGCUUCGUCCAGCGCAGUGAAAAUAGUGCCGAACAUGAGUCAAACCAGUCUAAUCAUAAGAAGCAAGUUUUUUAUUAAUCCGCGGAGAAGCAGCCCUUCUAUAUUUCAAUACUUUCAAAGUUGGUGUGUUGUUUCCCUUUAAUGUCCUGGAACUCUGGUAGAGAGUUCAUGCCAACACAAGUGGAUAGGCAGUCAAUGGUGGACCUGACAGGAGCUGCUCCAUGUAAAUGAGUUACUGUAUCAGAUCAAGUAAAAGGAUUAACAAUAUAUGAACCUUUUGAUGUCAUAAUUUCAGUCUCUAUUUUCAAUCUCCAUACUCUAGACAUUAAAGGUAGUGUUCAAAUGAUGGAGGAAAAUGGAGUGUUUGCUUCUCUCACUGGUCCUUACGUUACAUAAUCAGCUAUUAGUUAUUGGUGUGGAUGAGGUACCAUUCUACAAUAGUGUGUGGACGAGGCAUCAUAAUACAAAACAAAGUUAAGAAACGUACACUUCUUUACAAGAAAUCAUUUGUCCAAGAAAUUAAUAUGGCCUGUUUCAUAAGCGUUCAUUGACAGUGUUUCAAUGUGUAUUUGUGGCACAUCUACUUCUGGCACCAUGCAACAUGAUUAGAAUGUCUGACUAAACAUGUCCGUCAUUUCUUCCUGUUCAAUAACAGUGCACCACUUAUGGCAUAAUAAAAGAUAUUUAUCAUAUUAUGGGUAGGGUUCUCUGCAGGAUAAAGCCAACGGAUAAAAACGAUAUCCAUUGGGGUCAUAUGCGGAUAGAGAUGCAGAUAUCAAAGGUCAAAUAGGGACUACUUUCACUUUUUACAGACAUGGCGUCGCCCUUGUCAUUCGGCGAUUGAGGAUUAACCAUCAGGAGUCUGGAGAAACUACUGGGAUAAUUGAUAUCAUUAACAAAAGAACAGUCUAAUAUAUCAAAAGUCAGUGUCUAACUGUGACGUAGCUAAGGCAUUUUACAAGUUUGGGCAACUUUGGAGACAAAU